GGGAAAUGCUGUGGCGCACAGCGCCAUCUGCUUACCGCUGCCUCCGGGCGAGCGUCGGAGGAAUCACCCCGAGCAGCCGCGGGGCUGGCUUUGCGCACAUGAUCGCGACACUGUUAUAAGAGAAGUAGCGGGAAAGCAGCCUGCUGAGCCCAGAGGACGGGAACUUCGCUCACCUCUGUGCCGCAGCGGAGCUGGGUAGGAACUGGCGCCGGGAUCCCUCCGUGGAGAAGCAGCAGCAGCAGCAGCAGCGCGCGGGGGCGAACGCGGCUCUCCAAACGCGCGCCGGGCAGCAGCAACUGCAGCGCGGCUGCAAUCCCCAAACUUCGCCGGGCUGCCCACGUGUUUCCAGGUUGUUUAGUGGGCGGCAGAGGCGAGGCGCUCGGCUGACCUGCCGUCGGGGGAGCGAAGGAGCUGGCCGGCGGCGUGCACAGGGUGGCGCCCGCCGUCAGGGGAGGUCCGAGGAGAUGCUGGAAGUUGCCGGGACUUCGCUGGAUGUACUAAGGGGCUCCGGAGGCGUGUGAGCUACUUGGCUGCAGCUGCUGCCGCCGCCGCCGCGGUUCUGCCUUGAGCGCCUCGCUCUGCCUUGUCCCCUCGCCGCCUGCAAGGAGGGCGGUUUCUGGUGACUCCUGGGCGCCGCUGCCGGCGACCUGCAGCCCCCGUCCUUUUGCUGCAGCUGCCGCGAGUCCCCGGAGCCGAAGGAUGCAGUUCCGUUUCUUCUCUUUUGCCUUGAUCAUCCUGAACUGUAUGGAUUACAGUCACUGCCAAGGCGGCCGCUGGAGACGCAGCAAGAGAGCCAACUAUGGACCAAAUCCAAUUUGCAAAGGCUGUUUGUCUUGCUCAAAGGACAAUGGAUGCAUCAGAUGUCAGCAUAAGUUGUUCUUCUUUCUCCGAAGGGAAGGAAUGAGGCAAUAUGGGGAAUGCUUGAAUUCCUGCCCACCAGGGUACUACGGUCUGCGAGCCCCAGACAUGAACAGAUGUUCAAGAUGCAGAAUAGAGAACUGUGAUUCUUGCUUCAGUCGAGAUUUUUGCACAAAGUGCAAGCCUGGGUUUUAUCUCUACCGGGGUCGUUGCUUUGGAGAAUGUCCUGACGGCUUUGCACCUUUAGAGGAGACCAUGGAAUGUGUGGAAGGCUGUGAAGUGGGCCCUUGGAGCGAAUGGGGGACGUGCAGCAGAAAUAACAAGACCUGCGGAUUUAAGUGGGGCUUGGAAACGCGGACGAGGCAAAUUGUGAAAAAGCCAGCAAAAGACACAAUACCAUGCCCAACCAUCGCAGAGUCCAGAAGAUGUAAAAUGGCCCUGAGGCACUGUCCGGGAGGAAAGAGGACACCGAAGAUAAAAGACAAGAAGAAGAAGAAAAAGAAUUUAAUGGAGCGAGCACAGAAGCAGCACAGCCUCUUCUUAGCUACAGACCGAGCCGGCCAAUAGAGACUUUGGUCAUGUGUUUCUGUUGUUCUUUUAUUUUUAUUUUUUUGCAAAAUGCACAGAAGCUGCUAAAUGCUCCUGCACACUGAUGCACUGCAAUUCAGCUGCUGCUUUGACAGUAUUGGUUUGCAAAUAACUUGUGGAGGGAAAAAAAGAGAGAGGAUAUGUCCACAAGCUUGUUUGUAUGUGUGUUAUUUAUACUUUUGUCGUUGUCGUUAUUGCCGUCGUCGUUGGUUUACCCCCCCCAAAAAAAACCCUGGAGACUCCAGGGACAGAACAAGCGCACUGAGUUGAAUCAGUAAGUGUGGGUAUCCAAAAAGCUCUUCUUUUUGUUUCGUUUUCUGUUUUGACUUCAGUCGGUGCCUGCAAGAUGGAGGCAGCCAGCGUCUUGGCAUGGAAUGUUGCAGCAGGAGCUUCGGGCUGCAAAUCAUCGCUGGGUGAUGACGGACUUGUGCAUAUUUAUAUAAGGAAAGGAACUCGGGGGAGUUUAGCGUUGCAUAUAUGUCCUCUCGUUUCUCAUCUUGUACAUUUUUCAAGAGUAAAUAACACUAAGCAGAUAUUCAUAGAUAAUGUACUUUUUGUCCUCAGCACCUGUUGUAUUGGAACAGUUGUAUAGUCAAACUGCUCUCGACUGAUAUAUCACAGGAGUUGCUGCUUAGUAUUUCUGGAGCAUAGCAGUUCCCAUGUGUACAUAUUAUGCUGUCUACGUAUAAAUAAACCUAUUUACAAUA